GAAAAUAGGAGUCGGAUUGAAGCUCAGCACUGCGGCCAUGGCGGAAUUGGUGAAGCUGGAAGGGCGUUGGGGCGGUGCGCCGAUGACGACAAGAAAUUAUGCCAUCAAACAGUUGGUGGAUGGAAAUAAGACAGAUGGGAUUGGAUCUGAUGUUCUUCUGGCCAUGUAUAAGAUUCCACACCUACUCUCUGAUGGACUCCGGCCUUUUUGUGCCUAUAAAAGCUCUCGGGCAUGAGCUUCACACUUAAAAAAUUGUCGAAAGAAACUAGCCAACAGAGGAAAAGGUAUUCUGGUUCACGAAGCAUCUGCUCCAAGUAUUUAGCUAAGCAGAAAACAGAAGAACCAUAAGUUGAAUUCUGAGGCGAAAUCGAGGCAACUGGAAUGUAUCAUCACCACCAACACGGGAAGGACAUUCAGCAGCAACCUUCGUCUGUAAGAAUUCCUAUCCCACCCGAAAGGCACUUGUACCUUCAAGGUGUGAACAAUACUGGAGAUUCAGGACUUGUUCUUUCCACGGAUGCUAAGCCGAGGCUAAAAUGGACUCCAGAUCUCCACGAACGGUUCAUAGAAGCUGUGAAUCAACUCGGUGGAGCAGAGAAGGCUACUCCGAAAUCAGUCAUGAAGCUUAUGGGAAUUCAGGGACUGACUUUAUACCACUUAAAGAGUCACCUUCAGAAAUACCGGCUCAGCAAGAACCUCCACAGUCAGACGAGCAGCGGGAGCAACAAAACUGCCACUGGAGACAGAAUUCAUGGGGUAACUGGUACCGGAAUUAGCAAUCAAAACAGGUCGAGCCAAACAAACAAGAAUAUGCACUUAGGCGAAGCUAUACAAAUGCAGAUUGAAGUACAACAGAGGCUACAUGAACAGCUUGAGGUACAACGGCACUUGCAGCUGCGGUUAGAGGCGCAAGGGAAAUACCUACAGUCUGUACUGGAGAAAGCGCAGGAAACGCUCGGUGGACACAGCUCAGAAACGAUCAACCUAGAGGCUGCCAAACUUCAGUUAUCCGAUCUGGUGUCCAAAGUAUCGAGUCAAUGCCUCAACUCUGCAUUUCCAGGAAUGAAUAAACAACUCUCAGAUUUGCAGCGUACGUCUCAGCCCACAGAUUGUUCCAUAGACAGCUGCUUGACGUCAUCCGAAGGCCCUCUAAGGGAUCAGGAGCUGUACCAUAAUCUGAUGGCCAUGAGGCCCUUCAAUCUACGGAGCAAUGGAAAUUCAGAAAAGGCAUUUGGGAUGGAGACUGAUUCCAGCAAUUUAACAAUGAGUAUUGGGCAUCAGGGAUGGACUGGCGGCGCCAACUGCUCCGAAAAUGGCGGGCUAUUCAACCACAGCAGCAGCGACGAUGGAAUUCAUUUGAUGGUGAAUUCAGAGAAGCCGAAGCGAUCGCUGCCAUUGUUUUCAGGGAAACUCGACCUCAACACAGACUACAAGAACGACUCGAAUUCCAAUUCCAGCUGCUGCAACCAGUUGGAUUUGAAUCGGUUUAGCUGUAGCUGAGAUGAUUAAACAUAUUAUUGAUUCAGAUAUAUCGACUAUUCUUUGAGAGAUAGAGAGAGUGAGAAUGUAAACUAGACAUUUAUGUAGAAGCUCCUAUAAUGUUA